GACUCAAAUUUGCCCCCUCAAUUCGUGACGAUUCCUCUUUUACUUGCACCUAGGUUGGCUAAUUUAAGUGGCAUUGCACAUUCAUAGGUUGGCUAAUUUAAGUGGCAUUGCACAUUCAAUCUCUCUCUCACCAACCUAACCAUUCACUCAUCCACUCCUAAUUUGUUGGAUAUGGAUUUCCUUUUUGCGCAGAGAAGACAAGAGGUUCUCAUGCAUGACAAAAGGGGCGCAAUAUUGUAAGUUCCAUCAUUCUUUCCAAACAAUAAUUUGAUGCGCAUUCAUUAUUUGCUUUUCACUACAAGCCUGAUCGCGUGCAUUUCUGCCAUAUCCUUUUCGUGAGUGGGCUACAUAAUCGUGACGAUACCUCUUUCUCACCGGAUGAUAGUGGCUAUUAUUGUACUCUGACCUCUGUUGAAAUUACUAUCCAGCACCAAGACGGUUGCGUUCUUCCAGAGACACCGCGCGCGCAGGCUACUCAUUGGAUGAACUUCUGCCGCAAUCUGUAGCCUAUUCAAGUGCCCUUUCCUUCUCUUCUUCUCGGAAAUGCAAUAACAUUUGGGUUGGCUUUUGUCGUGGUAAAACUCAAGAGGAAUACUGCAAGUUGAGGAAACGAACAAUGUAACACUUACAGUGCCCGACAAAGAACGACGAGGCUGUGUAUCUGUCCAUCAGUGUCUCCUCCCACCUGUGACCUGGGUUUUCCUCUCCUGCCCUCCGAACACUCUUCUGAUGUGUUAAAGCACACUUUGCUGAACAGUUUGAUGGAGAGCUGGUCGGAUGACAGCUGGAACUGUUGUCAUAACCGGAGGAAUUCUCGCCACGGUGAUUCUCUUGGUUAUCAUAGCAGUGCUCUGUUACUGUAGACUCCAGUAUUACUGCUGUAAGAAGAAUGGGUCAGAAGGGGACACCGGCUCCAUCACGCAGCCCCACUUUGCCUGCAACGCAUGCAGUGCACCCGGGGUGGAUGGGGCGGCCGUCACCCCCCUCUUCACAGAGCCCCCUGCCUCCCAUGCCACAGGGCCUCCCCGCAACUACUGCCCCACCUGCUCGCCCUACGAAUCACCCUUCUACAUCCGCACCACCGACGAGAUGCGCAACGGCGGCGAGCGCAUCACCUACAUGCCCACGCACUAUGAGAACCCAGCUCUCGCCCUGCCCUCCCUGCACGGCUCCCUGCUGAGCACCGGACAGCAUCGCAGCAACCCAGCACCGGACUUCUAUACCAACACUCGCGCUAUAAGUACAGAGGUGUGAACCACUUCGUAUGUGGUCCUGGUGGCUCAGUUGGUUGGAGCGCGCUACUUGCAACUCCGGUGUUGUGGGUUUGAUCCCUGCAUAGGCCAUUUACUGUACACAGAAUAUUUGUUCAUUUUCGCUUUGGAUAAAAGAAACUGUUCAAUUACCAUAUCUCUGCUGACCACUACAGAGGAGAUGAUGGAAAAGGAGCAUUGAGAGACAACAUGGAGCGUUGACCACUUGACCUGGUCAAACACUUCCUGGCUCUCUCUCUCUCCCUACACUGUGUCAGCUGGCUUCCAACUGGAUUCGAGUAGACAAAAACUGUAUUUUUUUUUUUUUAUGGAUGUUUGUUGUUGUUUAAACACCCCUAGGCUCCUGUAAUACAGAGGCAGAGAGCAUCCCUUAGUGUUUAAUUGACUAAGGGGACAAGACCAAGACCUAUACACUGUCUGGCGAGGUAGUGAGUGGGAUUCCAAUCUUCACUGUUUGAGGGCUAUCUUUAUUGUGGUUUCACCUGCACCUACUCUUGUCAUUUCCCUGUAUCUGCCAAUAGAGACAAAUAAAACGUGUAUCUGGUAUACUGUAUGUUUUAUUCUGAACUAGAAAUUAAAGCUAACUGCAUUUGAGUGAUGGUAAUCAGAAGAUGAACAAUCAAGAGUCUCCUAAGAGUAACGCAGCAAAAACAAAGAGACUACUUCAGAGCUUUCUCUAUGCAAGUUCUAUGCACUCAAACCCGAAACAGCUGGAGAGAAAAGCCUAACAAUGCAGAUGUCAAUCGUGUAUGUUUUUCUUUAUCCAAAUGUUUAUCAUAUGUAACUGGAACUAUUGAAAGACUGUUUGUUGUUUUCUGUUAUUGAAAGAUGUACUAUGGCUACUUUUGAGACCAUGGAAUUUGAUUCCAUAAUAUAAUGACUCGAAUAUUACAGUUAAAAGAUAGUUUUAAAGUAAGGACAGAGGCAUUUUGUAAGUGGGUGAUGCAGAAUUGCAGUUAAUGAUGAUUUGGCACUUUGUCUCUGUAGCUGUGUUAUUGAGUAGACUACCACUCUUUGCUCAGAGGACUGAAGCUACAGUACAGUUGAAAUGAACAUAUUGUGUUUCUCUUUAUUGACAGUGAUGCAACAACUUGGAAAUGUAUAUAUUACCAAAUGCAUUGAAAGCAUUUAUAUUUAUUUGUUUGUCUCCUUGAUUGACUGGCUGAUGACUUUUGGGAUUCGGCCACAAUGUAUUUUUAAUUGGGACGUGCAAGUCUCGUAUAAUUUAGAUGUAGUUUGUGCCAUUUGGUGUCCACACUCUUCGGAUCUCCUGAUUGUUGAUUCUAUGAACUGUAAACAUCCAUGUCUUUACACAUUUUAGUGUUUCUUUCAACUUGUGAAAUAUAAUAUUUAUGUAAUUGGUAACAAAAUACAUAAUUAUUAGCCCAUUUAUCUUAUAUGGCACUCAUUUUAAACUAAUAUUAGACAACAUUACUGGCCAUGUAUACUAUUAUUUUGCCCUCGCUGGUGUCUUUUUAUGUUUUAGAGUGAAAAAUAUGUAAAAAUUAGAUUGGUUGAAACAGCAAAGCAAAAAACAAAGGACAUCUAUGAUAGAGGUGAUACUAAUUUUGCUAUAUUUUUCUGAAACCGACCACAUUUACUACUACUGUAUUGAGCAGAAAUGCCCUAUGCCACAUCAUACAUGUGA